AUGGAGGCAAAGCAGCUGAGGAAAGACGUUGAGGCCCUCAUUGACGAUUACAUCGGACAGAAACUCAGAGAGAAAAGCUUCGAUCCGAAGGGCAGAGGGAGCUGCACGGUGCUGGACCACCUGGCUCAUUAUGACCUCGCCAUCAGUGUCGCCCUCUGGUGGUUGGACAGUGAGGAAAGACGGGAUGUGCUCAACAGAGACAUGAUGUUCGGCAGCAUCUUGUACCCAGAUCACUCUGAGCGGGAGGCCAUGAUCCUCUCGUCCUUUGCAUGUAUUGUCAUGAACAGCCUCCCGGUUGAAGACAUCCUGUCUCUCUACCGGAGGAAACCUGCGGCUUCGUACCCCAACCGGCACUCCAAGGUCUCCAUCGUCUGUCCCUUCACUCUGUCCUACCACCCGUUCGCCAUGUUGUCCUCGUACAAAGCUGUGCAUCACUCCAGGCAGCACAAUCUGAAGCUGAAGCGAUGGCUGUCCGGCCGGGCCAAGGCCAACGCUGCAUCCAGGCGGCUGUCGGAGCAGCCUUCCUCCUCCUCCUCCUCCUCCUCCUCCUCCUCCUGUGGGUCCCUCUUCAGUGGAGGACCUGGACUCCACGAGGACUCUGGGGAUCUGGUCCAGGACUGCGACCCUCCUCCUCCUCUGCUGUAG